GUCUCUCUCUCUCUCAUCUCACUUGUACUGGCACUAACCACUCCGCUUAGCUUCCACACUACUCCAGUCUUCUGCCCACUCCAGCGCAGCGUGGCGCCGACCGCGAUGCCGAGCUCCAGGCGGACUACAGGCCGCGGCGGUGGUGGAGGUGGCGGUGGAGGCGCGGGAGCGGAUGGAGGUGGCGGGGACGAGCAGGUGCCGCCGUUCAUGGGGAACAACCGCGACCACAACCCGCGGGAGCUGCGCUCGUGGGCGCGCCGCACGGGGUUCCACUCCUCGUUCUUCUCCGGGGAGUCCAACUCGUCGUUCGCCUCCUCCGCCGCGCCGCAGCCCCCGCCGCCGCCUCCCCCGGCCAGCUCCCGCCGCCCGCCGCGGCCGCGGCCGCCGCCGGGGCGGGACCCGGACCCGGACACGGAGGAAGACCGCGAUCCCGCGCCGCCGCUCGAUCUCGAGCGCGGCGGCCGCGGUCGCCGCCGCAGCCUUGGGGACCGCCAACGCCGCCGCAUCGACCUCCGCGGCGAGCUCGAGAUCCCACCGGGCUUCGGCGGCGGAGGCGGAGAGGCGGUGGGUUCGGCGGAGCCGGACGCGGCGAGGGGAGGAGCGCGCGGUGACGCAAGGAGGAGGAACGGCGUCGAGAGGGAGGCGGCCAAUGUGGGCAGGAAUGUGAACGGCGUGCACGCGGACGCGGAGGCGAGGAAGAAGGCGGAGGAGGCCGAGGCCAAGAGGAAGGCUGAGGAGGCUGAGGCGAGGAGGAAGAAAGAGGAGGAGAGGGACGCGGAGCUGGCCGCGUACUACCAGGAGCAGUGGGCGAACGAGGAGGAGGGAGCUGCGGACGGUGCCGCAGGCGAGAUAGCGCCGCUGUAUGGGGCGUCGGGACUCCGUUGUGGUGUCACCGAGAACCCCGGAUGGGUGCCCCUCAUAUUUUAUGGCAUACAACAUUACCUGUCAAUAGCUGGUUCACUUGUUUUUGUUCCUUUGAUAUUGGUACCAACCAUGGGUGGAUCUGAUGAGGAUACUGCAACUGUCAUUUCCACCAUGUUACUAGUCUCUGGUCUUACAACAAUACUUCAUACUUUUUUGGGCUCUCGGCUUCCAUUGGUUCAAGGAAGUUCUUUUGUAUAUUUGGCUCCUGCAUUGGUAAUUGCGAACUCCGAGGAGUUCAGAAAUCUUAGUGAAAAUAAAUUCAAGCACAUAAUGAGGGAAUUACAGGGGGCUAUACUUGUUGGUUCAGUUUUCCAGAUAAUCCUAGGAUACACUGGUCUUAUGUCACUGUUCCUGAGGUUAAUAAAUCCGGUAGUCGUGGCACCAACUAUUGCUGUAGUUGGUUUGACGUUUUUCAGUUAUGGUUUCCCUCAGGCUGGCAGCUGUGUAGAAAUCAGCAUGCCCCUCAUUGUAUUGGUUCUUCUGUGCACUCUGUACAUGAGAAAAAUAUCCCUGUUCGGCAACCAUAUCUUUCUUGUCUAUGCGGUGCCCCUCAGUGUUGCAAUCGUAUGGGCAUAUGCAUUCUUCCUAACUGCUGGUGGAGCAUAUAACUUCAAAGGUUGCAGCUCAAAUAUACCCAGUUCGAACAUAUUGUUGGAUUCAUGCAGAAGGCAUUUGGAAACCAUGAGACGUUGCCGAACUGAUGUUUCUACUGCAUGGAGAACUGCUGCCUGGGUGAGGGUUCCCUAUCCGUUCCAGUGGGGAGCUCCGACAUUUCAUUUCAAGACGGGUAUCAUCAUGGUAAUAGUUUCACUGGUUGCAUCAGUUGAUUCGCUCGCAACAUAUCAUGCUGCAUCACUGCUGGUCAAUUUAAGUCCGCCAACACGUGGAGUUGUCAGCAGAGGGAUUGGACUUGAAGGGAUUUCAACUUUUAUUGCUGGAUUGUGGGGUACAGGUACCGGGUCGACAACGUUAACUGAGAACAUACACACCCUUGAAACGACCAAAAUGGCCAGCAGAAGGGCCUUGCAGCUUGGGGCAGCCUUGUUGGUCUUCUUCUCCUUCUUUGGGAAAAUCGGAGCUCUUCUUGCUUCUAUACCUGUGGCUUUGGCCGCCUCAGUUCUAUGCUUCACUUGGGCGCUGAUUGUCGCACUUGGCUUGUCCACAUUGCGAUACACCCAAGCAGCAAGCUCGAGAAACAUGAUAAUAGUUGGAUUUACUCUGUUCAUCUCCCUGUCUAUCCCCUCAUAUUUUCAGCAGUAUGAACCCAGCUCCACUCUUAUCCUGCCAAGCUAUCUUCUUCCAUAUGCCGCGGGAUCAAGUGGACCAGUUCGCACAGGCAGCAGCGGGCUAAAUUAUGCGGUCAAUGCCCUUCUAUCCAUCAACGUUGUGGUGGCUCUCCUUGUUGCGUUGAUCCUCGACAACACGGUGCCAGGCAGCAAGCAAGAACGCGGGGUGUACAUCUGGUCAGACCCGAGCUCCCUGGACGUGGAUCCUGCGACCUUGGAACCCUACCGGCUGCCUGAAAAGAUUUCGUGCUGGUUCAGGUGGGCGAAGUGCGUUGGCAUCUAACGGCUCUGUGCAUAGUGCUGUUGCAGCGCUCGGUGGCAAAUAUUAUAUUUAUUCCAUUGCAACCUGCUAUAGUAGGAUUCACUAUAUAUACGGAUGCUACCUGGUCAGGGGCCUCUUGCUGCGGUUAGCUUGAAGGCUCUGUUUUUUCACGGUUAGACUAGAGGAGUCUGAGCUCACAACCCCUGUAAAGUUAAUCGGCUUUGUUAGAGCCAGAACCACCUACGCCAUGUAUUUUGCGGUUUGUAGAAAUGCUACGUUCAGAUGGAUGAUCAUUCACCGUGUUUGCUGCAGCUUCGCACAGUUCUAUACGAACAACACAUUCGAUGAUCCCAUACGGUGAGAUGCAUCUUACAGAUCUGUAAUUGCACCGCUUAAGUGCGACCCGACCGAAAAUCUCUACACAGGAAGGUUAAAAUGUUGCAAAACUUCCUGCAACAUUCAGGAGCGAAAAACUUCAUGAAACAUAUAUAGGGGCAAAAGCC